GCCCCAGGUUUGUGGAUAAAAAAGUUAGGGGAAAUGCGGGUCGCAAAGCAUUGUGGUUCGUAUCCACCUUUCUAGUGACCACGGUUGUUCACUAGAUUUUACGGUGCAGUGGGAUAUUUAUGAUAACCAAUUUGAUUUUUGACGUCCAAUCUAGUUUACUACUUAGCGAAUGGUGAGCCAUUUCGCCUGUAUGUCAUCACCGUUAAUCUUUAUGCUUUCGUUUUUGAUGUGCGGUCGUCCUUGUGGGCUUCCGUAAGUUUUGAAUCUCACGUGAUUUUCUGACGGCCAUGUCUAGUACAGAAGAGCAGUGUGGAAAGCAGAACGGGAUGCGAAAUUGUGACCGCAGAAGGUGAUAGGCUCAAUUUCAUAUAAAUUGAAAUACAGGCACAUCCAUUUGAUUUAAAUUUGGAUGCAGUUCCUGUAUUGUGUUCAGUAGCAAACUAUUUUUACGACGUGUGUAGUUGGCUACUUCGACGUCAAAUGCAGACAUGAAUAAAAUACUGACGCGGCGACGUUCAAAGGCCAUUAAUGUGUCCCGAGUCAAUUGGAGGAAGACUCGCGUCUCCAUUGCAUCGUGCCUAGACGAUAGCGAAUCUGGAACCAGUACUCCCACUACGAGCUCAGAGAGUGAAUUUGAGAAUGAUCCAAGUGAUGAAGACGAUCAGCUGGAAAUUGCACAGGACCACAAAGCCAACAGAGAAGGGAGCGAUGCCGAGGAGAUGUGCGCGGUGUCACGGUCACGGCGAAAGAGGUCUUCCACUACCAUUCUCACUGAAAGUUCCAGUGACUCUGACAGCGACGUGGGGGGACAACCAGUCAGAAAAUUGUUGCCUAAAAAACGCCAGAACCUCCACAUUUCCGACUCGGACACAGAGGCUGCUGCAAAACAGGAUGCGGAAAAGAAGGCUGCUGAGGCUAAAGAGGCAGCUGCAAAGAGGAGAGAGAGGCGGAACAAACUAGUGGAACUGUCCAAGAGGAGAGGGCCCCGUACUACGUCAAGCUCCAGACGCAAAACUUUGGAGGAAUCAAGUGAGGGAGAAGGCUGUAGCAAUGAUGAGAAGGAAGAGGAUUCCUCAUAUCGCGUAGUACACAGCAGUGAAGAGGAAGAUGAAGAUGAGGACAGUCUUAAAGACUUUAUUGUGGAGAGUGAUGACCAGGAAGGGAGGGGUGGUUCUUCAGUGCAGGAGACAGAAGGAUCAUUGCUCUCUCAUCAUCUUCCUCAGUUUGUCACUGGGUCCAUGCUCACACAUUUCCAGGUGGUGACAAAAGCCCUUCUCAUCAAUGCUCUGGAUAAGACAUUUCUCAAGUCUUUGUAUGAUGGCAAAAGGAAAAAGAGGUAUGCCUUGGAGAUGAAGGACUCUCUUUACCACCUGGAUCAGCGCUCUGUUCUCCCGCGACUGGAGAACCUAAAACAGAGAAGCCGUUGGAGCGACAGGUACAAGGAACGUGUAGAGUGUUACCCAAAAGUGCGGGUCAUUGCGACAGGGGUGCGGGGGCAAUCCUGCCAGGCCUGUGAACUUCACAGGAAUUGCCGUUUUUCAGUGCGUCUCUCCGGACAGCUCUAUGACAGCAGGACCCUGCAACAAGAUGAGUUCAUGCCUGAUGACACACAGGCCUUUCAGGUGGGAGCGGUCUGCGCCAGCCGCACUGAGGUGUACCACCAGCUCAAGCAUUUCAAGUACCACCUGUUCUGCAGCUGCCAGGCAGUGCUGAAGGGGGAGGAGGACAUGCAGAAAGAGGCGGAGGAGCCAGUGAAGGACACUGUCAGCAGGGUGUUAACCAAGCUACAAACCAGUGGCUGGAUAACUCAGCAAUAUGAAAAGUUCCAGGGCUAUCUGAAUGAUGCAGAUUACUUCCAAGAGGAAAAGCUUGACUGAAGAUCCAACUUAACCCAAGACUAAACCCAAGUUCACUUUUUUUCCCCCACCAUAUCCUAUAUAAAAUUGAGAAAAUUGUAUCAUACCCAUUUAAAAAUGGAUGUGUGAAUGAACCUGGGAAGGUGUGCAGUGCAUGCAGCACACAUAUUUGCACAUUUCUUUAUAUUAACUUUUCAUGAUGCUUCUUGUUGAUGCCACCAUUUCUGUUUUGUAAAAAUAUUGGUUUCCAACUGUAUUGGAAGUUUAUUUCCAUUACUCAUUUCCUAAUUAAAAUGUAUUUAGUUUUACCUUCACUGUCCCAAAGAUAGUGUAAAUGGGGCAGGUAGUGUAUUUGUAUGCACUUUAUAGAGUCAUUUUUAGAUCUGAUUCAUUGAUAUAUACAUUUUGCAGUAAGUUCUGUAACUGCCUAAAUAAACCAUGCACAGCAUGCAAUUCCAGCCCCUGGAGAAAGUUUUAAGUGCUUUUGCAGAAACUUUUUGGUCUAAUCCCUGUAAAAAUGGUUGAUUUUGGCAAAGAUAUACCUUCAUUCUACUGAUGGCAAAUGCAGUUUAAUACAAGCCAGAUCCUUAAAGUGACUAAAGGUAAAUGGCUGUAAACUACAUUGAAUACUGUUAUUAUGGUAUGUAUUAAUGAGCAAAAUUUAGAGAUUAGAAUGUUCUUAGUAACAUUAGGAUCUUUGUGGCAAUUGUCAUGUCUAGCUAGCUAGGCAAUGCAUUUGUUUCUUAUGUUUUCUUAAAUGUUCACGCAAGAACCAUUUUUAUAUUCUUAUUGUGAAUUUCUCUUACUUUUUUACAAAUCUGUUCGUACAAGUAGUUCUUGCAUGAGGUCCCUUGAGCUGUAUUUUAACAAUGCCAUUCAUUGAAGUAAGUUUUGAUGAAUGUAAUGACAUAGAAUAUCAAUAUUUAAUUACAUCUCCAUUAAAUUUGAUGGCUGCAUUGACUAGAUUUUUGAUGUGUUGAUGUAAUUGUUUGAUAUAUUCUACCAAGCUUUUACUGCUGCCUCUUUCAGAUUAUGUGUUUGCUGGGGUUUCAGGCUUCAGAUUCCUUUAGAGCAAAUAAAAAGCAUUAUCAAUGGGGCGUAAAUCUGACAACUGAUUGGAUUAUAUAAAAUCAACAUUUUCUUCCUGAUAUGCCACUUUAGUUAAGUUUGUUGUAUGUUUUGCGAUGUUAUCUUGCUGCAUAAUAAACCUCUAUCCAAUGAA